UACCUGCGGAGAUCGUCCAGCUGCACGCCCAUCCCGCACCGCAUGGCCUUGUGCUACGACAUCGGCUACUCCGAGAUGAGGAUUCCCAACCUGCUGGAGCAUGAGACCAUGCCGGAGGGGAUCCAGCAGUCUUCCAGCUGGCUGCCCUUGCUGGCCCGGGAGUGCCACCCCGAUGCUAGGAUCUUCCUCUGCUCCCUCUUCGCGCCGAUCUGCCUGGACAGGCUCAUCUACCCCUGCCGCAGCCUCUGCGAAGCCGUCAAGAGAAGCUGCGCGCCCGUCAUGGCUUGUUACGGCUACCCCUGGCCCGAAAUCCUCAACUGUGACAAGUUUCCCGCGGAUCACGAGCUCUGCAUCGCGGCAGUCUCCACGGACGAGAACUCCUCGAGCAGGAGAG